AUGAAGGUAAGCACUGCUGACUACGAGAUCUGACUGGAAAGGCACCCAAAGGCAACUAGCAGCUUCCAGCCAUUUAGGAUCCAGGCACCACUCUCCAAUUCUCCAAGCAUCAGGUCAACCUGUUCCAUGGCGUUCCCACCUUUCCCCGUGGUUAGGCAGCCCGUGGCCAUCACCAGAUGCUGCCAGUCUCCAUACCGCGAUUGGAAAACCGACCUGUUUGACUGCUGUGCCGACAAAUCCAUUUGCAUCUGCGGCAUCUGCGUUCCCUGCCUCGCCUGCAAAGUGGGGGCAGAGUAUGGUGAAUGCUGCUGCAUCCCAUUCUUCCCCGGGGCUCUGGUGGCCAUGCGGACAGGCCUGCGAGAACAGCUGCGCAUCAAGGUACCAUCUGUUUCCCGGAGAUCGUGCGCCGAGGGGCUCUCUGGCAGCUGGGGCUGCAGCUUUAUCAGGGGAGAUUUUGAGCUAAGAGGACUCGGCAGAACAAAGGCGGAGAAGCAAAUGGCACGAGAGCUGAAGAGCCCGUGUUAA